AUGCAGAUUCCGUGUAAAUUUGAAUUUCUUAUCGAAAUCCGCGUUCGUGUUAUAAACCUGAAUAAUGCUGUUAAUCCUCUGCAUGGUAUAUUGUAGUACAUAAUAUUACUGUGUAACAAUAGUACGUAGCUUGCAAAUCGUGUUGUUCGUCAAAUCGAAAUUUCUGACUGUGAAAUGUAAUUGUGUUGUUACAGGGUCUCCAUAUAGUGGUCGUAUAAAUAGGAUCCUUUCCCGACUAAACAACGGUGGUUUCUAUGGGAAAUGGUAUCAAAGCAUGUAUCAUUUGCAAAAACGUCCGGAACAAGUAACAAAUGGUUCAACGUUGCAUAGGAGGAUCACUAUCCGACAUUUAUUUAUUCCGUUUGGGAUACUAUACGUAGGACUGACUACAAGCAUAAUCGUAUUUAUCUACGAGUGGCAGCAAAAUAAAGAUUUCGAUAACUAACGUUGUUCUUAGAGGAAUGCGUUUGAUAUGACUGAACGAGCUAGAAGUAAAACGGCACUCUGUAUCACUAAUUUUCCUAUACAAUUGAAAUCUUUAGUCCAUCAUCGUCAAUAAUUUGAUUUUGUUUUUUUUUGUUAAGACUUACAUUAUGAUUUGUGAAAGAAACGUAAACGUGUGAUUAUGUGAAUAUGAAAGUCAAUAUCGAUUAAUCACGAAGAAUCAGGGAACGUGGAGGAAAAGAGGGAGCGAAUCUUUGGUACUCAAUUAGCUAAGAACAAGAAUAUUCAGUCAAAUGAUCUGUUACACUUUCGACGUUUGACGUAGAAGAGUGCGUAGAAAAUUGCGAUGAAGACGUUCGUUUGAUUUGCCCUUUUCAAAAUU